AUGGCAGACGUCGCCGGCACCCCCAGCGCCCCCAACCAACCCUCCGAAGCCCGCGAGCGCCUCCGCCAACACUUCCUCACUCACCCCUCCACCUCCACGCAUCCCCAACGCUGGGACGACCUCUGGGCCGCCGGCGAUUUCCUCCCCUGGGACCGGGGUCGCCCCAACCCCGCGCUCUCCGACACCCUACGCGACCGCCAGGACCUUCUCGGCUCAGCCGUGACAGCGGACUGGGACGCCGACGGGCUCGGCGGCCGGAAGCGGAGGAAGCGGGCGCUGGUGCCUGGGUGUGGGAAGGGAUAUGAUGUAUUGUUGUUGGCGGCGGCGGGGUAUGAUGCGUUCGGCGUUGAGGCGAGUGAGAAUGCGGUGAAAGCGGCGGAAGGGUAUACGGAGGCAGCGGGUGGGGAGGAGAUGUAUGCGGCAAUAGAGCCGGGGCUGGGGAAGGGGGAGGUGAGGUUUUUAUUUGGGGAUUUCUUUCAGGAUGGGUGGGCUGAGGGGGUCGGGGGGAGGGCGGAGGGGGCGUUUGAUUUGAUCUAUGAUUAUACGUUUCUGUCUGCACUACCACCCUCUCUCCGCCCUGCCUGGGCUGCCCGCAUGUCCCAGCUCCUCGCUCCCUCUGGCGUCCUCAUCUGCAUCGAGUUUCCAACGUACAAGCCGCCGUCGACUGGCGGACCCCCCUGGGCGCUUCCUCCGGUGGUGUAUGAAGCCCAUCUCAGUCACCCAGGCGAGGAAGUUGCGUACAAUGAUGAGGGCUAUGUGGAUCAGAAGCCGGGCUGGAAUGAGCCUAGCAAUCCUGCUGCGCUUGUAAGGAUAGCACAUUGGCAGCCGGAGAGAACACAUGAGGUUGGGAAGGGGACGGAUUGGGUUAGCGUCUGGCGGCAUAAGUCGUAG